GCGUUAAAAGUACAUACAGCCUGGUCCGUGUAUUGCAGGUUAACCGCAAAUGAUCUUACCUUGUACACCUUUGACUCUAGAGAGUUUACUUACUCUAGUAUACAUCGUAUAGAAUAACACGUGUUGAAAGAAGAAGUUUUUACGGCGACAUGCUUAUGCGGACAGUACUACCCGCUACAAGGCUGUUGGGCAGUUCAUGCGCCGAAGUUAUGGUGGGGCAUUUCGGCGUCCCUUCUUCCAUGGAACAGAAAGGCGGUUAGCAAGUCUGAUCGGCACAGACAAUAUCGUCUACAGCCCAAGGCCCUCUGUCCCCUGUCCCCACUUGUCUCUUGGGAAAUAUCUGAUGGGAAAACUGGAAGAGCAUGGAAACCAAGAAGCACUUAUGGAUAUCCCUACGGGCAGGCGCAUGUCAUUUACGCAGCUCCGUGACGCCGUUAUCCGGGUGACCAGCGCCCUGUCUAAACUGGGAAUCAAGAAAGGGGAUGUAGUGUUAGUGUGCUCUACUAACUGCCUGGAGUUUCCUGUGCUGUGUGUAGCUGUUCUCAAUCUAGGCGCAGUUUUCUCCCCUGUCAACCCAGCUUCCACAGUGGAUGAUUUGCAACGACAGUUAGAGUUGUCUCAGGCCUCAUGCGUUGUCGGAGGAAACGGUCUUACUGUGAACAUAGACAGAGCAAGUCAGGGCAACACAGCGGUAAAGAUGAAGAUUGUUUUUGGUUGUGCCGAAGGCUGGAUUCCCUUUUCGGUGCUAAUGGAGGAUGAUGGACGUUCUUACUCGCAUCCUGAGCCAGUCGACCCAUUCCAGCACAUGGCCUUUCUGUCGUACUCUAGUGGAACAACUGGUCUGCCCAAAGGUGUUAUGCUUACUCACCAUAACGUUCUUGUCAACAUGAUGCAGUUCAGCCAGUCAUUCCCAACUCAAGCUGGAGAAGACAAGGUUUUGGCUUAUCUGCCAUUUUACCACGCUUACGGGCUGAUUGUAAAGAUCCUGAACUGCCUAAAUGGAGGAUUGUCAAUGUCCAUUGUCCCCAGGUUUGACGAGUCUUUCCUCCAGACGAUGUCGCAAGAAAGAAUCACAAUUCUGCACCUAGUGCCGCCGGUUUGUGUGUUCAUGCUAAAGCACCCGGACAUCCGUCAAUACGACUUGUCUGCGAUACGAGCCGCUUUAUGUGGGGCCGCGCCCAUUGGAGGGGACCAGGUGGCUGAAUUCAGAGAGAGAUUCGGUAUAGAAGACUUUAUCCAAGGGUAUGGUCUAACUGAGACUUCACCAUUAGCCACAAUUGAUUGCCGUCCAGUUCGCGUCGGAUCCGUGGGCCAGGCUAUGUCCAGUGUCACCUUAAAGGUAGUAGAUCUGGAAACAGGAGAGUCGCUGGGACCGGGACAAAGCGGUGAAAUAUGCAUCAAGGGACCGAACGUUAUGGCUGGUUAUUACCGCAAUCCUGAGGCUACAGCAAACGCUAUUAAAGGAGACUGGCUGCAUUCAGGUGACAUCGGUCAUUUUGAUGAAGAUGGAUAUUUCUUUGUCACAGAUCGUGUCAAAGAACUGAUCAAGUACAAAGCCCAACAGGUUGCCCCCGCUGAAUUGGAAGGCCUGUUACUGACUCAUCCCUGGGUACGAGAUGCAGCUGUAAUCGGUGUCCCCGAUCCCGAGGCAGGGGAACUCCCAAGAGCCUACGUCGUCCUCAAGCCAGGUGUCCCCAGUGACGUCACGGCGGAAGCUAUUAAAAAAUUUGUCGAUGAGAAAGUGACAAGUUUUAAACGACUUCGCGGAGGGGUGGGAUUCCUGGAGAGUAUUCCCAAAUCACCAUCAGGGAAAAUCUUGCGGAGAACGUUGAAAUCUCAGCUUUAGUGAAACUAUCCAGCGAAUGAAGUCAAUUCCAAAGUUUCCGCCAUGUAACAUUGGAAGUGGUAUUAGCCUACCAACUGCCAAAUUCACUACGGAGAUGGCCUUAACAUUGACAUUUACAGUGGUAUGACAGGACGGUAAAUGAGAAGUGAUAUAUAUGAUGAAUGCCUCCCAGGAUAACCCUAAGCUCUAACCCAGAUACAUAUGUACUCAGCAGGGCAGUAGUCCAUGUAACUUUACCAGUUUAAGUACAGCGCCACUGAACGACUAUGCCUGGAAGUUUACUUCCCUCCAGCUCUUUCGUGCGUUUGUGCGUGAGCGAUUUACUAAAGGCAAAGAAAACAUUAAUCUGAAGAAUAUGUCAAUAUAGUUCAAUUUAUAUUUUUAGAAUUUUUUCAACGUAGUAAACUACAUUUGAAAUUUUGGAUUAGUCUGUGGCCUUCUUUGACCAUAUUUGGACCAAUGACCAGUCACAUCAGGUUUUAAUCACGUAACACACGUAGGCUGGGGUGAAGAUGAC